AUGCAGUACCAGCCUUCCGAGGGUGACAUCAUCGUGAUGACGUACCCGAAGAGCGGGACCACCUGGGUACAGUACAUGACGUACCUCCUGCUUAACAAUCUACAACCCAUCCCAUCCGGUCGCCGCCUUGGCGAGUUCAUCCCGUUCAUUGACGAUGUCGGCACGAAGACGCUGUCUGACGUGAGGCCUCGCGGAAUGAAGACCCACUUGUUCUUCGAAGUGUUUCCGUGGAGUGCUCUUCCGCGAUACAUAUGCGUCGCCAGGAACCCCUGGGACUGCUGCGUGUCCUUCUUUCACCAUACGCGUGGAUUACUUACAUGUUACGACUAUGAGGAUGGCAAGUUUGACGACUUCUUCGAAGACUUCCUCGAAGGCCAGAUUGAAUGCGGCGACUAUUUCGAUCACCUUUUGUCGUUGUGGAAGUACCACGACAAGGACAAUGUGCUGUUCCCGACGUACGAGGAAAUGAGUGCGAAUAUACUAGGUUGUGCCCAGCGUACCAUUGAUCAUCUUAGGUCCGUUUUUCCUCGAGGGUGA